CUGCGUCGCGGCCGCUCGCUCAGUCAUCGCUCGGUAGGCGAAGCCGGCACGCCGUGGAUGAACGGUCGCGCGCGCGCCAACGCUCGCCGAAUCCGUGGGAUUCGCAGGCCACCGCUGGCCAGGAGAUUCCUCCGCCGCGGGAACGCUAUCACCGUGGAUCAUGUCGCCCCGUGGCAGCAAGUGCACGCGCCUAAACGCCAGGGCCACGUCGAAAUCGAGAUCUACCGCAGUUGUUCGCAGCGCUAAUAGUCAUCAGCAAACGAACCAUCAUCAUUAUGAGCAACGACAUCGACAAACGGAAGAGGAGGAGACGGAGGAGGCCGCGUACCUGGCCAACGAAGAGGAAGGAACCGUUAAGUGUGACGAGUCGGUCAAUGGAAGUAACGCGACGAUAACGACGACGAUAACGACGACGACGACGACGAUGACGACGACGACGACGACGACAACGACGACAACGACGACAACGACGACCAGAACGAGCAAGUCUGCGGUGGCAGCGUGCGAGGGUCGAUCGUCGUGGGCGGCGCGCAUGCGCCAACCCCUGGAGAGUAGCCUCGAGCCCCGUGAAAACGGCACCCUGGUGCAACGAUGGCCGACUAGCAGGCAACGCCGCCGCGAUCGGAUUCGAGCUGUCGCCGAGGACGAUCCGAACCAAGGAGAUGGCACCGUGUCCUCGUCCACCUCCUUGUCUUCGCCAGCAGCGUCCUCCUGCACGGACGUGUCGUCCAGAAGGUCUACCUCACCUCCGUCAAGCAUCUCGUCGCCAGCACAUUCCACCUCGUCCACCUCCACCAGUGCUGUCUCCCGGGAGAAUAAUUCGCGCAAGGACAACGAUCAAGGAAAUGAUCGAACGAACGAAGAAACGAGUACGGUGGACACGAGGAAGUACAGUAACGAGGUACAUCAAGAUAGAAUCAGAAAGAGGAAACAAGAGAGACAAUGUUCGAUCAGAGCACGUAGUGUCAGAGAGGUGAUCACGGAGAAAUCGUCGGCCACGACGGCGUCAACGUCGUCCACUUGUGUUCCUACUUCUUCCAUAGUCUCUUCCUCCUCGCCGUUCUCCUCUUCUGUCUCCACUACCUCCGACAAGGUCACCGAGCAGUCGACACAAGGCAAUUUAAGAAGCUGCCCUCCGAUCCCUCAUUCGUCCGUUAUCGAGAGCCUGAGGAACGCUCUGGAAAGCUACGACCGCAGUAGAAUCUACCUCGCACAUGUGUCCUUCCUGGAUUGGCGGGACCUGCCUGGACGACGACGCGCCACCUCCACAGCUGGCGAUUCCGAAAGGGUGUGGGUGGUGGGGGCGGCGGAUCACGAAGGCCACCACAGAACGCGACUGUUGGUAACCGGCCGCCAUUGGCGACCACGUUGCCUCAGACGGGUGAACAUGCUCAGCCAGCCUGUCAUUUACGCCGGUGGUGGCAGAGGUUCUCUCACGGUAGAUCUGUUCCUCUGGUGGUUCCAUCGGGAGUUCGCCGUGACAGCGAUGGCCAUGCAUCCUGAUGGUGCUGUGUUGGUCGCUGAGACCGCGGAUUACUUGCCACCGGAGGCUGACUGCGUCGCUGCCGAUGGACUGGUCAGACUGUUUGUCGUACCGAAAGAUUGCCUCGAGAUGAGAAUCGUGGUACGAGAGUUGCGAGUCCGGCUGGCAACGGGAGUUCUUUCUAGAGCCUGUUACGGUGUCUAUCGGAAGAUCUCCAAUUCGAACAAAGAUACCGAUUCCCUAACUGCGUAUCUGAGAAGAUUCACCUUGAAAGAAGCUUUCGCCGAUCUUCACAGAGCCUGGUUAAGCGUCAGAUCAGAGACGUUCGCGAGAAGUUGGAUCCUGCCGCGAGAUCGCGACGAUUCCUCGAUCGGUUGUUCCAGCAACGUGGUUGGUCUUGCUUUGUCCUCGCGGAUACACGUCGCUUCUGAUCAGGAGGAGGACAGGAUGCUUCUGAUCGAGCUGCAAAACGUCGCGCGGGAAGUGGGUCUGGAGGUCAGCGACGACGAACUGAGCAAGUGGAUCCUCGAGGACGAGAGUAACAACAGCAGCAGCAACAGCAACAGCAGCGAGGCUUGGUGCGUCAGGAAGAAGGAGCUGGAAGAGGAUCAUUGCCGCGCGGUGAAGAUCGAGGUGGAAGAGAAGUGGGCCGAUUACGAGGGCGGGAAGCAACAAGGGACAGACGAGGAGGACGACGAGGAAGAGGAGGAGGAUGAAGACGAGCCUACCGCGGAAGAGACCGUCGGUCUACUGUCGAGGGUGCUGACUUGGAUGGAACGGGAGCCUCUCGAUCCAGGACUAUUACUCGCCGUCAGAUCGAUGCGCGAUACCGCCGCACUCAUGGCGAGCAAGAUGGGCCUGGCGGGUACGCAUCCGAGCGGUUUGCCCUUCUUCUGCCCCAAUGGGGACCACCUGACUCAACCACCGCCUGCUCAUAUGGGAAUCCCACCAUAUGGGACGCUCGAUGCGGGCAAAGCAGCCGCAGCGGCAGGUUUGACGAGAGCACCAAUGUAUCCCUUCUCCACGGGUCAAUAUCCGUACCCCAUGCUUAGCCCGGAAAUGACGCAAGUCGCUGCUUCCUGGCACACACCGAGCAUGUACCCCAUUUCCCCGGCAAGCACUGGUUUCCGAAGUCCAUAUCCCACGAGUUUGCCAAUCACAAGUUCUAGUUUACCAAGUGAUCUCUACCGGUUUUCGCCGACGGGGCUGAUACCCCCGCACCCUGGACUCAGUCCGCACGCACACGCGUUGGCGUCCCACGCACUGGUGUCCUCAGCGCCGAAAACGGAUCAUUCCACCCUGGAUCACAAUCACAGGUCUACGGUAGAGCAGAAAAAUUCUACGUCGCUACCGGCAGACAACGCAAAAGCACAGGAUACAGGGCAACAGAACAAUCAAGAUAAAAAGAAACCCCAUAUAAAAAAACCUUUGAACGCGUUCAUGCUGUACAUGAAGGAGAUGAGGGCGAAGGUCGUGGCGGAGUGUACCUUAAAAGAGAGCGCCGCAAUCAACCAAAUAUUGGGAAGACGAUGGCACUCGCUAAGCCGGGAGGAGCAGGCGCGGUAUUAUGAGGCGGCCAGGCAGGAGCGCCAUCUCCAUCAGCAACGAUACCCCGGCUGGAGUGCCAGGGAUAACUACGGAUACGGCAGCAAGAAGAAGAAGAGGAAGAAAGAACGGUCCGCAGAUCCCACCGGAGGUAACAACAUGAAGAAGUGUCGCGCCAGGUACGGAUUAGACCAGCAAAGCCAAUGGUGCAAGCCGUGCAGACGUAAGAAGAAAUGUAUCAGAUACAUGGGGGAGGGAGGAGACGGCGACGGCGAAGCGGACGGCGAAGGCGAGGACGAUCAUUCGGAGGAUAACCUCGGCAGCGUGGGCGAAGAAGCAGGUACUCCCGAGGAUGACGAGUCCCUGAGCAGUCCCGGAGGUCUAUCCGCGUUGUCUAGUCUGGCUAGCCCGUCACUGGUGUUACCGUCGCCCUCGAGCCUGGCCAGCCCGUGUCCCUGUCCUGUGACGCCCCCGGUGCCGCCUCCGCCUCUGUCCAACCCUGGCAGCCAGCCGCACAAUCAGCCGGUGCAACCGCCGCCGCCGCACCGUAACCCGGUCGGCACCAAUCCUCACGACAUUAACAAUCCCCUUAGCGUGAACCAACUGACCGGACAGUGUAUAAAGAGUGAAGUGGUGUCGGCGCCGUCGGGCACGUCCAACCCGGCGAUCAGUGUUACGUAGCCCCGGCCGGAACCACGCGACAAGGCUGUUGCCGGCACCGUUGCGUGUGUCAUCGACAACAGGGUCCGUGUACGUGUUGAACAGACGAGGUGCUGGACGAUCAUGUGGACGAUUGUUGUCGCUAUCGCGAUCUGGGCGAGCACGGCGAGCACGAAGUUGGAAUUACCUUUGGAGGUUUUCUUCGUUCGGAUCCCCGCGGGAGAGGGAUUCGAGUCGCGGGGAAUGUUUCAGAUGUUCAGGACAGACACACUUUGUAUUUGGACUGAUUGGAUAGAGGGUCGCAAGUCGAAGUUGGAAGAGGAUCGUCUUCGAUGAUGGAUGGAUGAUGAACGAUCGAUGAGACCGGAAGGAGGUUAACUGAAGAUCGUUUUGAAGAGGUAGCGGUCCUCGAGACGUUCGUUCGCCCGAGACUUCGCCCAGGAAGUUCAAGAAAACUGAGGAAUAUGGAAACGUUUACCCGUGUAACGUACAGGUGUGAACGGAACUGAACGGAACUGAACGGACAAUGCGAAUAAAAUAUUGAAGAUUUUGAGGAAAAUACGAUGCAGAAAUACUCAGGACCAAGUGUCUGGCUGUAGUCACCCACUCGAGAGAGAAAAGAUUGCCAAGUUUGUGUGUUUUGGAGAAUAAGAGAAUGACAGGAAGAGAGAGAGAGAGAGAGAGAGAGAGAGAGAGAGAGAGAGAGAGAGAGAAUGUAUGUAUGAAUGUCUAAAAGAAAGAAUGAAUGAGAUAUGGGUAAAAGGAGAAUACAGGAUGGUGAUAAAAGUGCGCGUGACACAGCUUGUAGUCCUUGUUACGUUGUGAUGCCAAUGACUGAGAGGUCAUGUUCCUGUGCCAGGUACUAUAUUCAAUAAAGUAAUUAUACCGCAGACAUAUAACUAAAAGUAAAACGAGCAAGCAAAGAAAGAACGAACGAGAAAGAUAUGCAUGUAACUACGUAUGCAAGGUAGAAUGAAAGAACGACGAAGAGCAGUAUGAAAGGAGAGCAAGAGGUAUAGAUAUUGAUGAUGAGUUGAGAGAGCGAGACAAUUUUCUCGUCAUUCAUUUUAUUCGACCUCACCGUAUCAAAAUACCUAUUCUUCUGUACGUAAUUUGUUAUUUUUUUAAAAGUCUAUACACACAUACACUGUGCGAUUGAUUAGCGUAUAAGAUCUCUUUUCUUUUCUCUUUUUUUUUUUUACCGUAAAAUCUCUCUUUUCUAUAAAUCUACGAUUACUUCGCUUUAUUUUGUUUUUAUCCAACCAUCCGUUUUUAUAAUUUCCGAUGAGAUCGCGGGAAACAACGCGAUUAACAAACGAAAAAUUUAAAUCUAUACUUUAGUUUCUUUUUGUUAAUCAAUCUCCACUGCAUAGUAACGAUAAUCAAUCGUUUAGAGAAUUUUAAAAAAUCUCAGGAAUCUUGACAGCUUGACGAUUAACUGAAGAUUCUCCUUCGUGAACGAUCUGUUUCAGCUUUCGAUGAAAAUAUUAAUCUUCUGCGCUCUUUUUAGAGCAAUAUCAAAAUCAAGGAGACAAAGGAUACGAAAAAAUAAUACGUAUACGAAGAAAUAAAAAAUUGAAAAAGGAAUAAACACGAGCACAAGCCACUCCACGCUUUCGAGCUGUAAACGAUCAAGACAAUAACUACGAGACUGUUCUGGCAUCGAACGCGUGAACAAGAGCUUCCAUUAGAACGUGUCCAAGGAAAGCUUUGUGCUCGACUCCCUGUUCCUUUUUGACGAUCGUUCACGAUCGAGCUUGAAGAAAACGAACGCACGCGUACCGCAGACACGUUGCAUUAUUUAUCAAGCGUCGUCCUGAUCGAGCAAAGAUCGUUUCUCCGCUCUUCUCCUUGUCGUUUUAUUUUAUUUUUCGUUCUUUCUUAAUUUUUAAUUCUCGAUUUCUUCGCGCCACGCGUCAGGUCGCCUCCUCAAAGAGCCGCGAAAUUAAUCAAACUUGAUCCCUCGCUGGAAUUUUCUUUUCUGUUUUUUUUUUUUGUUCGUUUUUUAUUUUUUUAAUUUGUUAAAUGAGAAAGAUCGAAGAUUCCUCUCGAAAAUUUUUAAAUAAAAAAAAAGAAGCGUUUUGUUAAAGGAAAUAUCCCUUCGAAAUUUUCUGUAUGCGUGGAUAGUGGAAAUUAUAAAAAUUCAUCGAUGACUAUUCGGUGAUUGUGGUUACGGUAUGAUUAAAUGUUUGUUCACGUGGAUGGUUGGAGCGACGAGUUCCCGUUGUGCUUCUUUUGUCCCAUUAUUAUUGUAAUAACGUGUUUUUACGUGUAAUUAAGCGGCAAUAUCCCGUUGUUGUUGUAUAGCGGAACGAUUAAAAAAGAAAGAAGAAUAUUUUAACCGAUCAUGCGCUCGUUUUUCUGUUUUUUCUCAUGGGUUUUUCUUUUUUCUUUUUUCGUGUCAUUUCCUUUUUCCUUUCUUUUAAUCGAAACUGUUUUGCGUUUCUCUUUGAAUCCUCGUUACUGUGAAAACAAACGCGCGAACCGAUUCGAGAAUUUCGUGUACGUCUCUGCGCACAUCGCUAUGACAUCGUUUUGUAUUUCCUGUUUUAACAUGGUCAUUUUGUUUUUUCGUUGGAGUGUUUCUGUAUUGUAAUUCGGGAUACACCGACGAUCGUCGUUAUUCAUCGCGGCUAGUCGUUGCAUAAUUUCACAUAUGAUUUUACGUUUACGUACGAUCGAUUUUAUUAUUAUUAUUAUUAUUAUUAUUUUCAUUUUUCCGACUAAUUGGUCGGUCGUAUCUCAUUGAUUAUUGUAGUUUACAAUAAUCGUGAAUUAAAAAUCCCUUUUCUGUUCAUUCAACUUUGCAAUCAGCCAUUCGAACUUUAAUUUAAACAACCUCGAUUCAAUUUAAAUAAAUUAACGAUUCUUUGAAAUUAUGAGUAUCGAGAAGCCUUUUCAGAAUACUUUCAUUGCCUCUUUAAUCACGUACGCGCUCUGUGAUCGUUGAAUCCUCGGUGUAAUCUCUCCACGCGCAUUAUACUCGAAUACAAAGAGAAAAAAAGGGAAAUCAGAUGUGAAGAAAUACAAGCGUAAAAGAAGGAAACGAAGAAACGAAGCACACGCCGUAUAAACAGAAAUUUCAGUCCCGGAAAGCUAUUAAACACUUGUUUCCUUUUUUUUUCCUCUUUCUUUCUCGUGCGUUUUCGUUAGCGGUGCAGCUCUUGUGUACAUAAGAUAGAGAUACGUUUUUGUAAAGGUGCAUUUGUUACGUCGAAUGGGACUGUGCAAUGGAGGACUGUGACAGAAGAAUAAGAAGAGGAAGAAGACGAAGAAGAAGAAAAAGAGGAAGACGACAUAGACGAAGAAAAAAUAAAAAGCGAAAGAUACGUUAUGUCCAAGUCGCGCGAGCGUGUGUCUUAGAGAGAAAAAUAAGAAGGGAGAGAAAGGGAGAAUGGGGAUGCAUGUGUGUGUACGUGUGCGCAAAACGAAAAGAAACAUUAAAAGAAAUAUUUUUCUUUCCUUCACUAUACUUCAUUUUUUCUCUCUCUCUCUCUCUCUUUCUCUCUCUCUCUCUCUCUCUCUCUCUCUCGUAUAUAUGUUUUUCUUUAUGUAUUUCCACGUGUUUCUCUUCUGUUCGAUAAAAAUCUUGAUUGAUGAAGCGACCACGAUUAAUAUCUGUAGUACAGCGAGAACGUAAGAUAAAAAAAAAAAAGCUUGUAAUACGCGUCGACCGAUACACAUUUAAACUUGAAACGUGCCAUAACGACAUCAUGCCAAUAUUAUAACGAUAAUACAAAUACUUUUUUACGAUUUAACAUCCGUUUUCGAACCUCUCGAGAAACCUCUGUCAGUCGUGUCCGAAAUGAUUGUUUCUGCGUUCACUACGGAUCUGCGCCUCUUGGUUCUUUCGCCGCGUUUUUACCUCGGCUCACCUCGAUCUCUUCUCUUCCUUCAUUCGCCUCGAUCUCUCUCUCGAUCGUGAAACGCCUCUGCACGCGAUCCUUGCAUUCUAGCGUCACGAAUCCUCGAAGGUUCUUCGAGAUCCAGCCCACGAUCCGGCGACUACCGUGCCUCGCAGACUGAUAAAUGCUAUCUAAUGAUUCUACGGGCUGAUCCGACGUUUUGCAUAGUUGAACGAACUAUCGUGAGAUACACGAAUCCUUCUCGAAUAAUAUUUGCAAUGAAUACGUCAUAAAGUUGCUUACAGUGCGGAAGCAAUUGAUGUUCCUUAUUUUAAUUUCAAAAAUUAAUUGAUUAAUAAAUGUACAUCGUGUAAGCGAUGAAAUAUAGUAAUAUGUAACGUAAGUAAACGAAAUAAGUGUUGGAAAAAUAUAGAUACAUGAUUAUGUGAAUUCUAAGGUAAAAGAAAUAUCUCACAGAGGAUUAACUCUUUAUGAUUGUGGCAAUUUUGAGAACGUGGGUUUUCAAAAUUUUACUUUGGAGAAAUAUUUCUCUGACGAAAUUUUUUAGUCAAAUGGACAUUUAAUUAAAUCAUAUAUAAACAAUUGAUUAAUGCUUUACUACCAACGUCGUCGAUUGCAAAGAGUUAUUAUCUUCGAAAUCCUAGCAAGAAAUCCUGUUAGAAAUCCUGUUAAUCUUCGGCAAAAAUCUCCAUUCGAAAAUAAAUCGAAACUCAAAUCGCACAUCUACAUUUCUAAUUUCCUAAGCUUUCAAACGUAGUUUCCCCAUUUGUAAUUCUUCAAGAGUUUCAUCCUAAAGUUCUAGCUUUUCGCGCAAAAUGAAGAAAGAAUAAUAAUCUCGUACAAGCGAUAGCAGUAUCCUGUCAAUUUUCGUUCUUUUCCAAUAAUGAUUCGGCAUUUAUCUCGAAGGGCCUGCGUGAAACGGAACACCGAGAGACCGACAGAAUCGGAAGCUAGAGAGCAAUGUGAAUCGCAUGGUCGAGGUGCGAUCGAACGGAGACGAGGCUUUAAAAACGAGCGGGUACGGGCAAGGACGACCAGCGGUUCACGGAACGAUCGCGAGAAAGGGAUAGAGAGAAAAAGCGAGCGAGAAAAGGACUACCGAUUGUACUGACAGACGUUAGCCACAAAGAAAAAGACUCGUUAAAUCCGUGCGAUGUAUUAUUCCGUGUGUAUAUCGCGUGUAAUGUGUGCGUGCGCGCGUGCAUGAGACGAUAACUGAUGUGCGCGAAAAACCGAGUUGCGAGGGCAGAGAUCAUCCCACGAACAAAGAUGCUCGUUUCCACGUCGGAUAGACAUGCAUUUAAACGCAUUUCCUCUCCCCGUCUCAACGAGAGAGAAUUAUCCUUCUAACUGUGACAGAAUGUCCUGGCUACUGUACAUCUCACGCGAGGAUUCGUUAGUCACGCGACGAUAGUUCAGUUUACCUGGCGACACCAUAAAUAAUCCGAUCGAGAAAUAUCCGUGAAUACAUAUUGCAUGAUCACAACUGUGUUCAUCGUACGCGAACGAAUCCUCUGAAAAUCCUCCGCCUCGGAGGCCAGGACGAUCAUUUUCGACAAGUCAAAAACCCAACCCACCAGAGUCUAUCAUUCAUUCGAGUCUAUCGUUCAUUCGGGUUCUGCCUGCGAAACUCGGCGUUAAAAUUCACUUUGCGAGGAACGAGACGACGUCACGAGGGGGCCGUCGUGGCCUCCAACGAGUGGUCAGGGAUAAGGAAGCUAUUCCUCAUGAUAAUCUUUUAGAAUAAGUGAGAAUAAGAAUAAAUGAGAAGGAAAGGAUUUGGGGAGACGAUUUUGACGAUUGGAACGGAAGAAUCAUAGACAAAAGCGUGGCAGAUGUGGAGUAGCUUCCGGGAUCCGCUAACAAACACGGCCUACAGACCACGUGAGAAACGUCAUGCGAAAAGUCACUCGGGAAACGCCCUAACCGUGGCCGAUUAUGAAUCGUGACUCGUCUCUUUUCACGGUGAGAAAAGGGAAGGGGAUUCAGGACGCGCGGUUAGGCUCGUCUCGCUUCGAGGAGUGCUUGUAAAAUAUUGUAAAGUAUCACAGACAGUUUUCAGCUGCGUUGUACAGUGUUUUCUAAGUAUCUAGUUUAUAUAGCGUGUAAUUGAAGAGAAUACAUUGUAUUUACAUUAAAUAAGUGAUCUGUAUCAAAUUCAUUCUCGUAUAGCUUGUACUCCUACUCAUUGUAGAUGCUAAAAGUGAUUUGUGUCAUAAAGAAACCUAUAAAUAAAAUUAGCAAUUUGAGAA